CUUUUUUUGUUACUCAUUCUUCACAAUGUCAUUUACAGCUUUUGGAACGGCAACGCGUCAGUUCUUAAAAUUGUGCUUACCCUGGGUGCCGGUUGGAAUAUACUUUGUAGAACAUGGCUAUAGUCUCGGGACAGUACAUGGAAGAUCAAUGCAGCCAACCUUGAAUCCAGACAGCAAUAUGUUGCGGAAAGAUGUUGUACUUUUCAAUCACUGGGCAAUCGACCGGUUCGAUUACCAAAUUGGCGAUGUAGUCACCUUACGACACCCUGAUCAGCCAGAAAAGACAAUCAUUAAACGUAUCAUAGCUUUAGAAGGCGAUGUUGUGCAAACGCGGCCUCCCUACUCAGAGGAUUACGUGCGAAUUCCUCGUGGGCAUUGCUGGAUUGAAGGCGAUGAAAUGUUUCAUAGCAAUGAUAGCAAUCGAUUUGGACCGGUACCAUUGGGCCUUAUAAAAGCCAAAGUUGAUUAUAUCUUAUAUCCAUUCGACAGAUUCGGCAAAGUGCCUGAUAAACCAAGAGGAAACCGUAUACAUUAUGCACCAGGACACAGGCUAUACAAUAGACUGAAUGAUAUAGAAUAAUUCGUGAA